UGGUAGGAGCAAAUACAUAAUAGUUCUUUUAUUUUAUUUAUUUAUUUUUAUUUUUAUUUUUUGAGACAGAGCCUCAAGCUGUUGCCCUGGGCAAACUGCCAUGGCAUCACAGCUCACAGCAACCUCUAACUCCUGGGCUCAAGCGAUUCUCCUGCCUCCGCUUCCCAGACACCCGCCACAACACUUGGCUAUUUUUUGUUUGCAGCCGUCAUUGUUGUUUGGCGGCCUGGGCUGGAUUUGAACCCGCCAGCUCAGGUGUAUGUGGCUGGCGCCUUAGCUGCUUGAGCCACAGGCGCUGAGCCCAUAAUAGUUCUAUAAGGACUUUUUCACAACCUAAGCUGAUAGGAGGGUCAGUAGGCACAAUACAAAAAUUUAUGUCCCAAGUAUUGACAGUAAUAAAACAAUGUGAAAAAGAUAAUAAAUAUGCUUAAAAUAUCUAAGAAGGCAAAAGAAAGAAUAGAAACCAUAAUGAAAAAUAGGACAGUAUAAUAAAAAGAACAAAAGGACCAGUAAAAUAUUAAAUGUUUGACAAAUUUGUCACUAAUUUAAACUAAUUAACAGACAAGUUAAUAGCAGAAGAGAGCUAAUCAAAUGUGAAUUUAGGAAAGUAGAAGGUAGCUUUGAAGAAAUUAGCCAAAAUUGCACUGAGAUAAACUUGUAACCAUUUCUAUAAUUUUUUUUUGAGGCAGAGUCUCACUUUAUCGCCCUUGGUAGAGUGCCGUAGUGUCACACAGCUUAUAGCAACUUCCAACUCUUGGGCUUAGGCGAUUGUCUUGCCUCAGCCUCCCAAGUAGCUGGGACUACAGGUGCCUGCCACAAGGCCCGGCUAUUUUUUUGUUCCAGCUGUCAUUGUUGUUUAGCUGGCCCAGGCCAGGUACAAACCUGCCAGCCUGGGUAUAUGUGGCUGGUGCCCUACCCCCUGAGCUAUCAUUUCUACAAUUACAAACUCUGAUAUGUGCUGGGAGGAAAGUGUCUCUAUGCUAGCUGGUAUACAAGGAGUGGUGGUUGGGGGCGUGGCUGACCUAGUUCACUUGUGUUACACAGUUGGGGAGGUCUGAGAAGGCUCCCCUGAGAAAGUGACCUUUGAGCUGAGAUCAGAGUGGAAUAAAGUUGGCAUUGGGAGGGGGUGAGGUGAGCAGAGGGCCAGGAGCUUUCCACAGAGAGAGAGAGAGAACUGCUAGUGCAGAGACCUCGGACAGGAAUGAGUUUUGCAUUUCUCUUAGAGGAACUGAAAGGGUAUCAGUGAGGCUGCAGAGCACAGCCACUGAGAUGGGUGCCACGUGAGGUUUCAAGGCAGACCAGGGCUCCAUCUCACGGACUCUUGCAGGCUGUGUGGAUGAUUUUCUUCUCAAUCCAGGAAUGGUGGGGCCAUCAGGCAAAAGGUUAGGGGGCUGGCAAAGGAGGAAAAGUAGAGAAGAGGAGGACCCAUUCAAGAGGCAUUGAAAAAGAACUAGCGAUGGAUUGGAUAAAAGGCACAAGGGAGGGGAGAUGCCAGGCUGCUGCCCAGGUUCUGACUUUGCCAAGAGGCUCUAAGGCUCCUAACCACUGUUUUGGUCACUUUUGCUUAUCUUCAGUGUGAGAAGCGGGAGCUGGCUGUUCAGGUGCACGGACGCUCCUAUUGGGAGACUGAAUGAGGAGCCAGCGGGGUUAAGUGAGCAGGCAGAGAGGCCAGGAGGGAGUGUGAGAGCAGGAGAGGAGGAUCCAGGGAUGUUCCUGCAGGAAGCGGUCAGAGAAGGCAGAGAGGAGGCCAGGAGGAGCAGAGCAAGGGCCUGGACAGGACCAACUAGAGGGUGGGGAGAGCUGAGACGGAGGAAUCCUCUCAAUGUACAACUGCGAAAAUUCACUGUCAUGUUUUCACUUUAAUAGAAAUGUGAUAACUUGCACAUGCAGAAAUUUUAGAAGACAAAAGCAAAUUAAGGUCACCCAUAGUCUUUGUACCUGGAGGCACCCAUUGCUCAAUCAAGAACUUUCCUUUUUUUUUUUCUCCUUUAUAACUUGUCCAGAUUUAUCACGCAAAUGUAAGUUUCCCCUCUGCUUCGAAACUUCCCACAAGCUGUCCCAGACUCUGCAUCGACAUAGGAUACAGAGACCAGCGGGUUUGUGAAACUCACUCCAGCGGGCGGCGCCGCCUGCAGUCACGGGACCCCGAUCUUUCCGCAACUGGAAGAGCUGACAUCUGGGGACCUCAUAGCAGAAGCAACAAACCUCUGGCUAUUUGGUUACUGGCAGUAAGAGGGCUGCCCGCGUCUGGGCCUGGGGAUUGUCCCGCAACCUCGCCAAUAGAGCCGGUGCGAGUCCAGCGCUUGGCCGAGCUCUGCAAGGUCUCCGCUUCUGGCGAUAUGCGGCGCCUGCUGCUGCUGCUGCAGGUCUGGGCGCUGCUCCGGGUCUUGGGAGGCCCCGAAGGCCCGCAAAGGAGCUUCUCCUUCCGCUGCCUCCAGAUCUCGUCCUUCUCCAGCAGCAGCCGGGCGCGCACGGACGGCUCAGCCUGGCUGGGGGAGCUGCAGACCCACAGCUGGGGCCACUCCUCGGACGCCUUCCGCUUCCUGCAGCCCUGGUCCCGCGGCGGAUUCAGCGACCAGCAAUGGGGGAGGCUGCAGCACAUCUUUCGGGUCUACCGAGGCAGCUUCACCAGGGAAGUACAGAAAUUCGUCAAAAAGCUACAAGUAGCCUAUCCCAUUCAGCUCCAGCUGUCCGCCGGCUGCGAGGUGCGCCCCGGGAACGCCUCAACAGACUUUUUCCACGUAGCAUUCCAAGGAAGCGAUUUCCUGAGUUUCCAAGGAACCUCGUGGGAGCCAGCUGCACAGGUCUCAGACUGGGUAACCUCGGUCAUCGGAGAGCUCAACGAGGACCAGGGCACGAGGGAAACAGUGAAGUGGCUCCUCAGUGUCAUCUGCCCUCAACUUGCCAGAAGCCUUGUUGAGGCGGGGGCGUCAGAGCUGCAGAAGCAAGUGAAGCCCGAGGCCUGGCUGUCCAGUGGCCCCAGUCCCGGGCCUGGCCGUCUGCUGCUGGUCUGCCACGUCUCAGGAUUCUACCCAAAGCCCGUGUGGGUGAUGUGGAUGCGGGGUGAGCAGGAGCAGCCGGACACUCAGCACAGCGACCUCCUGCCCAAUGCUGAUUGGACAUGGUAUCACCGAGCGACCCUGGACGUGGCAGCUGGGGAGGCUGCCGGCCUGUCCUGCCGGGUGAAGCACAGCAGUCUAGAGGGCCAGGACAUCGUCCUCCACUGGGCAGGAGGGAGCCGCACCUCCACGGGCCUGGUCGUCCUGGCAGUGCUGGCGUGCCUGGUGUCCCUCCUGGUGCUCACUGUAGGAUUAAGGCUCUGGCUUAAGAGGUGCUGCUCCUAUCAAGACGUCUUGUGACUCUCCUCACCACACCUGCCUCCCCGAACCUCAGUGUACCUCAAGUUCCUGGGACUUCAGUUCUGGUCUGCCUAGGAAUUGAGGAUGAAAGGAGAGGAAGCUUGAAGAAGCAGAGAACAGUUGAAAGGCAGCUCUCAUCACAUCCAUUUAACAUUUAUAAAAGAAUUCAAAUUUUUUUCAUUAUACUGCAAGUUUAUAUGCCCAGAUGGCUCAGACACCAACCAGGGAAGCGGAUAAGCACUGGGGUCUAAGUGCAUGUGAUGGAAUCUGCAGUGACCCGGAAAACAGGUGUCCUGUCCAGAGGAAGUGGCUACAGCUGCUGCUUGUCAAGUAUAAAGUCAGAAGGUGGCUUAGUUCUACUUGCAUUUUUCAAGCAAACUGGAAAUCUGGAGUUUGAUGUGAACAUUCCUUAUUUUAAUAUGCUGAUUCAAGUUUUGAGAAAAUCUUAUGAGAGACACCGCAAUACCUAUUUGCUGGCUGAUAACAACCAGGAGCUACUAGUUGUGUUUCCUUCUAAAAAGUUUGCCCUGAAUGACAUAUUAGCAGCUUUUUGACAUAAUUUCUACUGUGAAUUUGGAUUUACAGUCAAAGGACACUUUCUCUUUAAAAGAAAGUGAGGUUGUAAGAAACAGAGGUGUAUCAAGCUUUUACUUGAUGUAACUUUAUUAAAAGAAGUCAUAGUAUAUAUGCAUUUUGUUGAAAAAGCUACUUCUCUCCUACUUGUAGCUCUCAAAAGAGACAAUGGGUGGG